CCCAGCCCAGUUAACCCAGUCCCCAGCCCAGUUAACCCAGUCCCCAGCCCAGUUAACCAGGUCCUACUCCCAGUCCAGCCAGUGCUCCCAGUCUUCAGUCUUUCCUAAGUCCCAGACACUGACAGAGGCCCACAACAUCAAUGCUGCUGUCCUCAGUUCUGGGGUGCUCUGUCUGCCUGGAACAAGAGAUAGGGGAGGUCGAGCCCUGGUGACCGUGACCACGAGGAACACCGGCUGGUUGAACCCCAGCUGUGACUGUGGAGAACUGGUCAGAAUCCUGGUCUACUACUACACAAUGCUCAGGAAGGAGGUGCGUUCCCUAGGGUUGACAGUCCUGGUGGACUCUCGGCGGUGCUCCCCUGUCCCCGCUCUGUUCAACGCCUUCAACAUACUUCAGGAUGCUUUGCCCGGCUGUAUCUACACUGUCCUCUUACUGGCUGAUAGAGACCUGGUUCUACGCCUGGAGAAACCCUCAGCCUUACAGGUGGAGUUGUUGACCUCUCUGAAGUCUCUCUAUAAGCAUGUGGAGGUGUCUCAGCUGCCUACUGAGUUUGACGGAUCCUUCCCCUUUUCACACAGCGCCUGGGUCUGCUUCAGAACGAGAGUGGAACAGCUAACCAGUCACUGUGAGGACGCUGUCAACCUUCUGCAGAGUACCAUCACUGGUCUGGAGUCUGCUGUCCUGCCAGCUACCGCUGAGGAGGCCCAGGUGUUACUUGCCAGGUACAGGGGUGAGAUGUGUACCGUCCUGGAGGACAGCCGAUUGGCUAGAUUACAGCUGGAGGGCGGAGCCAUCCUGUCCCGCCUCCGUAAAGAGGAAACCAGUGUCAGCCUCAGCAUCGACUACAGGUAA